UCAGUACGGCAGUGUUUGUGAAUUCUGUGGAGCAACGAGUGCAUUGAAAACCAAAAUUAAAAAUGUUUGAAAUUAUAUGGUCUGUAUCUCAUGCAAGAAAAUUUUAAAUUCUGAAGAUGAUAUGCAUUACACUCUCUAAUUGGCUUUCCACUGAAACAUCCUACUGAAGCAGUUUCAGCAAAUACGAUACCAAACUGAUAAUGUAGUCUCUCAUCAUUGGAAAAGCCAGGAUAAUAUUUGUAUGUGCUGUCUCUUUCUGUGUUGGAAUAGGAGCUGAGAAGCAGAAGCAGAGAACAUGUUGGAAACAAUUGAUACACAUCGGGCCCUCCAGGCUGUGGAGCGCUUACAGGCAAAGCUUCGGGAUCGAGGUGAUGUCGCAAAUGAGGAAAAACUGAACUUAUUAAAAUCAGUGCUGCAGAGUCCGCUUUUUAAUCAAAUUCUCAACCUUCAAACUUCCGUUCAACAGCUGAGAGACCAGGUAAAUACUACUCCUUCUGUACAUUCCACUGGUGAAUUCCCCCAGUUUCUCCACCAUGGUGUGAAUGUAGGGUCCUUACCGCAUAAUGAGUCAUAUUUGUUGGCUCAGCAGAAUGGCAGCCCAGCUAAUGUGCUGGAAGGAUCAAUGAGAUCCAUUACUCCACAGAUUAAUGGGAAGUCCUCUAGUGAUGACUUUGAGCAACUGAUCAGAAGUAUGUCCCAGGGUCGUCCUGUUGAGACAAUUGAGCUUAUUAAGCCUUUGAGUGGUGGCCUGGGCUUCAGUGUUGUGGGGCUCAAGAGUGAGAACAGAGGAGAACUAGGAAUAUUUGUGCAAGAAAUCCAGGAGGGAAGUGUGGCACAUAGAGAUGGAAAGCUGAAGGAAGCAGAUCAAAUCCUUGCUAUUAAUGGACAAGCCCUUGAUCAGACAAUUACACAUCAACAGGCUAUCAGCAUCCUACAGAAAGCAAAAGAUAAUGUCCAGCUAGUUGUGGCCAGAGGCAAUUUUCCUCAGCUCAUCAGUCCUGUAGUUUCUCGGUCUCCAUCUGCUGCUAGCACAGUUUCAGCCCAUUCCAACCCGGUUCACUGGCAGCAUGUGGAGACCAUAGAGCUGGUGAAUGAUGGCUCAGGUUUGGGAUUUGGGAUAGUUGGUGGAAAGUCAACAGGAGUGAUUGUUAAAACUAUCCUCCCAGGAGGAGUAGCUGAUCAGCAUGGGAGAUUAUGUAGUGGAGACCACAUCUUGAAGAUUGGUGAUACUGACUUGACUGGAAUGAGCAGUGAACAGGUGGCACAGGUUCUGAGGCAGUGUGGAAAUCGAGUGAAACUGGUAAUUGCAAGGGGUCCGGUUGAGGAACCACCUCCACCAGCAGUCCCACCAGGUACUCCUGUACCCAUCACAACACCAGAGAAACAAACAGAUGCUUCUGUUGAUAGUUGUGAAGAAGGAGAGAAGUUUAAUGUGGAACUCACUAAAAAUAUCCAAGGAUUAGGAAUAACUAUUGCUGGUUACAUUGGAGACAAAACAUCAGAACCUUCUGGUAUCUUUGUGAAAAGCAUUACAAAAGGCAGUGCUGUUGAACAAGAUGGCAGAAUCCAUGUGGGAGAUCAAAUUAUAGUUGUGGAUGGAACAAAUCUCCAGGGUUUUACUAACCAACAAGCAGUUGACGUUUUGCGACACACCGGACAAACAGUUCAGCUCACUUUGAUCAGAAGAGGGAUUAAGCAGGAAAAUUGUAUUCAACCCCAGGAGGACUUCAGUUCUGCUGUUGAAAGGGACUUAAUGUUACAAACAGUGGACAGUAGCAGAGCUAAAGAUAACAGUGAAGCAGAACAGGAAUCUCCAUCGCAGCCAUGCAGUGGCAGUGCAGUAAACGUCAGAGAGGACAUAAAACAGCAGGAAACAGAUUUCCAGCUAAGUGCUACAGAAGAAGCAGCUAUGAAGGCAAAAUGGCAGAGGAUAAUGGGGUCAAAUUAUGAAAUAGUGGUUGCUGUGGUUAGCAAAUUCAGUGAAAGCAGUGGGCUAGGAAUAAGCCUUGAAGCUACAGUGGGACAUCAUUUCAUUAGAUCAGUCUUACCAGAGGGGCCAGUUGGACGAAGUGGCAAGCUGUUCAGUGGUGAUGAGCUUCUGGAAGUGAAUGAGAUCUCUUUGCUUGGAGAAAACCACAAGGAUGUUAUCAAUAUUUUGAAAGAACUGCCAAUUAAGGUGACAAUGGUGUGCUGCCGUCCAGUGGCUCCUUCUGUCAGUCACACAGAUGUACUGGAGAGUCUAAAUCUAUCUGAGGUUCAGCUUGCAGAAAAGGCUUAUAUAGAUAUUGAAUUCACUGGCUCUUCAAACACAGAGGAAACAGCUUUGGAAACUUCUACAGUUCAGAAUAUAGAAGAGAUGCAGAACUCUACUUUCACAAUGUGGGAAACAGAAGUACAGCAUACUGAGCUGGAGAAAGGAAGUAUGGGCCUUGGAUUUAGCAUAUUGGACUAUCAGGAUCCUGUCGACCCUUCAAAAACUAUAAUUCUAAUUCGCUCGUUAGUUCCUGGUGGUGUGGCUGAGCAAAAUGGCAGACUUUCUCCUGGAGAUCGGCUUAUGUUUGUCAAUGAUAUCAACUUGGAAAAUGGCAGCCUAGAAGAAGCAGUACAAGCACUGAAAGGAGCCCCAGCCGGAAAAGUUAAAAUAGGAGUUGCCAAACCUCUGCCUCUUUCACCAGAAGAAGGCUGUGUCUCUGCUGAGGAAGAUUGCUUUUUCUACACUGCCCAGUCACUUGAGGAGGAGGGGCCAGCUGAUGCAGCCCUCUUCCAUGCUGAGCUGGCUCUGGUGGACUCCAGAGGAGCUGGUCUAGCUAUUGAACCCACCUUUGAAUCUCAGUUUGCUACGGAGGCUGUAAUACUUCCAACUUCAUCAUCACUUACACCUGACAACUUCUGUAGUGAGGAUUUCAACUUCGGCUUCCCUUCUUCAACAUCAACUCCCAAGAUUGGUGGAAAGGAAUAUUUGAGUUAUGCAGAUGAUAGUCAUAUGUCCACCGAGAGUUCGUACAAUAUGGAUGUGAGUGAGAGAGAGAGUGAACAAAGUACUAAAGAGGACAGUAACCUGGAAACUACAGCUACUUUUGCUGAUGAGAGUUUUCAGACUGAGCAUACUGUUGAUGUCAAACAUGAGACAGAAACGCUGGUGGAAUCUAGCCUCUUAUUGUCUAUGGAAAAAAUUUUCAGAGUCUCAAAUACAGUGAAAAAUGUCUUUGAGGAGACCAUCACUAUUGCAAAAGGCAAUUCAAGUCUAGGGAUGACAGUAAGUUCUGAUAAAGAUGGCACAGGAAUGAUAGUUCGUAGUAUCAUACAUGGAGGAUCAAUAAGUCGUGAUGGACGGAUUAAUGUGGGAGACUGCAUCCUGUCCAUUAAUGAAGAAUCAAGCACUAACUUAACCAAUGCACAAGCCCGGGCUAUGCUGAGGAGACAUUCACUCGCUGGACCACAACUAAAAUCUUCUCCAGCACCUUCUGAUGAUCAGGCCCUCUUUUAUGUUAUUACAUAUGUGGUAGCAGAAAACUUACCACAGUACAGAGCCAGUUUGGAGCAACAGUCAGAGGAAACUAUGGCAGUAAUUUCUUCCUCACAGUCUGCCUCUGCUUCCAUCAGAGAAAUUUCAGAGCUUCCAGAACGUGAAGAGGGGGAAGGAGAAGAAAGUGAACUUCAAAAUGCAGCUUUCAGUAACUGGAACCAGCCCAGAAAGGUUGAACUUUGGAGAGAGCCUGGCAAGUCAUUGGGGAUCAGCAUUGUUGGAGGACGAGGGAUGGGCAGCCGUCUGAGUAGUGGGGAAGUGAUGAGAGGGAUCUUUAUCAAACAUAUCCUGGGGGACAGCCCAGCCGGCAAAAAUGGAACGCUGAAAACUGGAGAUCGGAUUGUCGAGGUGGAUGGAAUUGACCUCAGAGAUGCCAGCCACGAACAAGCUGUGGAAGCCAUACGGAAGGCAGGCAAUCCUGUAGUCUUUAUGGUACAGAGCAUUAUAAGCAGACCAAGGGCUUUCAGUCAGUCUGAUUCAGACCCAGAAAAGACUUCAUCUUGUAACUUGCCUCGGCCUCCUCCUUCCGCGUUUUCAGAAAUAAUCUGUGAUGUUGCACAGUCAUCGUCCAGCCAAGUUGCAGAGGAUGUAGAAAAGGAGGAUGAGUUCGGUUACAGCUGGAAAAAAAUUACACAGCGCUAUGGAAGUCUACCAGGGGAACUACACAUGAUUGAACUAGAAAAAGGAAGGGCUGGUCUGGGACUUAGUCUUGCUGGUAACAAAGACCGAUCCAGGAUGAGUGUCUUUGUAGUGGGAAUUGAUCCAAAUGGUGCAGCUGGCAAAGACGGCAGGUUACAGAUUGCAGAUGAGUUAUUAGAGAUAAAUGGGCAAAUACUCUAUGGAAGGACUCACCAGAAUGCUUCAUCCAUAAUCAAAUGUGCUCCAUCUAAAGUGAAAAUAAUCUUUAUCAGAAAUAAAGAUGCAGUAAAUCAGAUGGCUGUUUGCCCUGCAAAGUCAGAGUCUUUACCUUGUGCUUCAGAGACUCUUCAAAAUCAAGAGGUUGAUACUACUGUUGACUCUGCUAUUUCUACUGAUUUGAGUUCAUAUAAGAAUAUUCAAUAUGUGGAACUUCCUAAGGAUGAAGGAGGUUUGGGAAUUGCCAUUAGUGAAGAAGGCACUGCCAAUGGAAUAGUUAUUAAGAGCAUAACAGAUAAUGGUGCAGCAGCAAAGGAUGGAAGAAUCAAAAUUGGGUGUCAGAUCCUGGCAGUGGAUGAUGAAAUUGUUGUGGGCUAUCCAGUAGAAAAGUUUAUCAAUCUCCUGAAGUCAUCCAAAAAGUCAGUAAAGCUUACAAUCAACUCACCAGAGACAGAUAGCCAGACCAUAGCACCAGUCCUUUCCAGCGCUGGAUCAGCAGAGAGGAGGAAUAUCCAGCCACCGAAACCUGUUUGCUCUUCCAGCACACCAGAACCAGAAGCAGUCAAAAAUACGAGCAGGUCUUCAACUCCAGCCACACUAGCUUCUGACCCAGCUACUUGUCCCAUUAUUCCUGGAUGUGAAACAACCAUUGAUAUCUCCAAAGGACAGACUGGUCUUGGUCUAAGCAUUGUUGGAGGAGCAGACACUUUGUUGGGAGCAAUCAUUAUCCAUGAAGUGUAUGAAGAAGGAGCAGCUUCAAAAGAUGGGAGACUCUGGGCUGGGGAUCAGAUAUUAGAGGUGAAUGGAAUUGACCUCAGGAGUGCCACACAUGAUGAGGCAAUUAAUGUUCUCCGGCAGACUCCCCAGAAAGUUCGUCUGACUGUGUACAGAGAUGAGGCACAGUACAAGGAGGAAGACAUGUAUGAUGUACUCAUUAUAGAGCUCCAAAAGAAGCCUGGCAAAGGCCUUGGGCUGAGUAUAGUUGGAAAAAGAAACGAUACGGGGGUGUUCGUGUCAGACAUUGUCAAAGGUGGAAUAGCAGAUAUAGAUGGGAGAUUGAUGCAAGGAGAUCAGAUAUUAACAGUGAAUGGAGAAGAUGUUCGGAACGCUACCCAGGAGGCUGUUGCAGCUUUACUAAAGUGUUCAUUAGGUACAGUAAGACUAGAGGUUGGAAGAAUAAAAGCUGCUCCGUUCCACUCUGAGAGGAGAACAUCCCAGAGCAGCCAGGUCAGUGAAGGAAGUGGCAGUCUCUCAUCCUUCAGCAUUCCAGCUUCUGCUUCCAGCACAUCUGAGGUCUUUGAAAGUGAUCUGAAGGACAAUACUGCAGCUUCUGAAAUACAGGGACUAAGAACAGUUGAAAUAAAAAAGGGCCCAGCAGAUUCUCUAGGAGUGAGCAUUGCUGGAGGUGUAGGAAGCCCUCUUGGAGAUAUUCCUAUAUUUAUUGCCAUGAUGCAUCCCAAUGGAGUUGCGGCUCAUACUCAGAAACUCAGGGUUGGGGACAGGAUUGUUAGCAUCUCUGGAACAUCUACUGAGGGCAUGACUCACUCCCAAGCUGUUAGCAUCUUAAAAAAUGCUUCAGGCACUAUUGAGUUGCAGGUGGUAGCUGGAGGAGAUGUGAGUGUCAUAACUGGUCAGCAACAGGAUCCACCUACAUCUGGUCUUUCAUUUGCAGGACUAACUUCAACAAGCAUUUUUCAGGAUGAUUUAGGACCUCCUCAGUACAAGACCAUUACUCUGGAGAGAGGACCAGAUGGCCUAGGCUUUAGUAUUGUGGGGGGAUAUGGCAGUCCCCAUGGAGACUUACCCAUUUAUGUGAAGACCGUAUUCGCAAAGGGUGCAGCAGCAGAAGAUGGACGCCUGAAGAGAGGGGAUCAAAUCAUUGCUGUGAAUGGGCAGAGUUUAGAAGGGGUGACUCAUGAAGAAGCAGUUGCUAUUUUGAAAAGAACAAAAGGAACGGUCACUUUGACUGUUCUUUCAUGAACUGGUACCCCAAAGGUGUGGUGUCAACAAGACUAUAUUAUUCUUAUUCCACAUACCAAGGAAAACAGAAGUGUUUAUAUAACCUUUUUGCUCUUCCAACUUGUCAGAACUGUGUUACAUCACUGAAGAAAAAUAACAUUUAAUGAUAUUUUUGUAUGCAGUAGAAGUAUUACUCAUAUUGUCGAACAACUGUGAUGGAGUAAGUCAUCUGUGGCAAAGACAUGGAUAUUUUGCCUAGUAGCACUAUAAUGAAAACUUGUAAGCAAAAUUGGAAGGUGCUUUGAAUAUUUGAAAUACAGAACAAAAAUUACAAAAUCAUUGAGUUGAAAAGGGGAUGACAUGAGCAGGAGUAACCAGAAAACAAUAAGUUUAGAGAAAGAAAACAUUAACAAAAUACAGAAUUUGCAAGAAGGAUGAAAAGUGAGUUAUGUGAAGGUAGAUAGUUGAUGAAUAUAGGUGGUUAUUUGUGUUACUAAUACAGGAAGAGUUGGGAAUAUAGAUUGCUCUUCUUCUGUUGUUUUUUUUUCUUCUUUCUAUUAACUAAUUUCCUAUUUCCUAAGCUUUGCCGUAUUCAUAAAGAAAAAGAAAAAAAAACACAUUUUUAUCUGACUUAGUAUUCAAAAUUGGUUGUUCUUCUAUUUUUGUGUUUGUCUGAUGGUUUGUUUUUGAGGAGGGGGAAAGGUUUAAUUUGGAUGAAGUGUGCUUGUGCUCAGGGCUCAGUGAAAAAUCCAUUGGCAAGUAGGAAUUUACCCUCUUUAAGCAGAGUCCCCAGAAACUGUAAAGUGAGAAGGAUUAGACUUUUCUUUUCUAGCAGUAGUUUUUCUAGCCUUUGUGGGUAUGAAAUAAAUUUUCCCAUUAUGAAAUGUAUGAUUUCUUCAUCCUGUGUGCAAGAUAGAGUCUCAGUGCAGAAGUUUCUGUGAGCUGCUUGAAUCAGAGCUAUGAACAAACCACUCAGGACAGAUUUACUUAGCAGCAUAUGGAGCCAUGUGGAUAUAGGUUAAUCCAUGGGUGUCAGCGGUUUACAGGCUGGUUCGGCCUGGUUCCUUGACUAGUGGGCUACGGGGACCCAUUGAAUAUGCCCCAGGAAAGGGAAAGGGGAAAAAGGGAGGAGAUGGGCAAAAAAGAAAAUGAGAGUGUCCAGAAACUGAAGGCCUUACUCUAAUGCUGAGACGAGAUGUCUAGUUGGGCCCAGCAGAAAGAAAAGAGGGAGGAUCAAGUAAUCUACCAAGGGUUUUUAUCUUUUCCUCUGAGUGGAAACAGUAACAGAACAGCCAACAGUCCUCUGGGAGAUGUGGUUUUUCUCUUCUGGGACAGGCACCUGAAACUGGAGCAUUAACUUUUUAACUCCCAGUGCACUACAUGAUGUUUAAUUGUGGUGCAUGUGUCACAGUCAUGAAUAACCUGUGCAGUAGUGUCCAUAGUUAAGUCCACCUUCAGUCUCUAGCCCACUUAUAUAUUGCCUCUCUUCCUUGAUUGCCUGAGGUCUCAUGGGCCCACUGAAUUAGAAAUAAUUCACCCAUGUGUUGUCAGUCCAAGUCUAUUUGAGCCACCUCUAUUUUGGCAGCUCGAUCUACCUGAUGGUUAUUUUGUUGUUCUUCAGUAGCACGACUCUUGGGCACAUGAGCAUCUAUGUGGCACACUUUUACAACAUAUCCUUUAUUCAGGCAGCAAUAUCUUUCCACAGUUCAGCAGCCCAAAUAGAUUUACCCUUCCGUUGCCAGUUAUUUUGCACCCACUGCUGUAAGCACUCAAUAAAGCAUUUGCUACUCAUCCAUCAGUCAGUGUAAAAAUAAAGCAUUGACCACUUCUCCCAUUCAGCAAGAUCUAAGGCCAGUUGGACAACCUUUACCUCUGCAAAUUGGCUUGAUUCUCCUUUCCCUUCAGUGACUUCAGUGACAACUUGUUGUGUAGGGCUCCACACAGCAGAUUACCAUCUGCGAUGCUACCACACAGCAUGAUGUGAUCCAUCUGUGAACAGGGCAUAUUUCUUUUCAUUUUCUGAUAGUCAUUGUAUGGUGAGGCCUUUAGCACGCAAUAUCUCUUCUGGUGGUGUUCCAAACUUUUUGCCUUCAGGCCAGUCCAUGAUCAUCUCUAGGAUUCUUGGAUGACUGAGGUUCCUCAUCCAAGUUCAUUGUGUAAUCAACGCAAUCCACUUAGUCCAGGUGGCAUCAGUAGCAUGAUGGGUGGAGGGGACCUUUCCUUUGAACAUCCAGUUCAGCACUGGCAUCGAGGUGCCAGAAGGAGCUGCAUUUCAGAACUGAUUACUUCAAAAGCAGCCCAAACCCCCUCAUAUGUGGUUAAGAUCUCUUUUCCAGUUGAAGUGUAGCACUCUUCAGACCCCCUGUGUGCUCUACUUCAGAAUCGCUGGGGUCAGCCUUGGGUCUCUCCUGAGGCUCUUUGCCACAGAUUCCAAGUGGGACCUUUCUCUCCAGCAGCAGUGUAGAGGAUGUUCUUUACAUCCUGUUUCAUCCGUUC